ACAUAAGGGACCAAUUAUACAAUCAUCAAACCCUCAAGACUUUCAGACCAAAACGACUCUCUUUCGGUGCACAGACAGAAAGAAUCCAAUAAUCAAAUCUCAUUCCAAAUCUGAGCUGGUCUCCGGUGAUCCCACCACAAUUCCGUCGUAACACGGCGGCAUAGCGUCCGGCUUCCGUCUUCCGGCGGUACUACCUCAGGUACCAGAUCCAGAUCUCAUUCGUUUUCUCCGAUCUGUUUAUUUUACUUUCAUAAUUUCAUAUUUUACAUCAUUUGAAAAAAAAAAUCAGAUCCUGUAAACCCUAACUAUGAGUUCGAACUACGGAAAAUCACAAUCUGGAUCUAUGAACAGCUUUGAUUUCGAUCUCGGAAUCAAUUCGAAUCGAUCUAAGCCUCUUAACGCUCAAAAAAACAACAAUAAUAAUACCUACAUGCAACCUAAACCUAACACAACGACGCCGUAUUGGCAAUCGAAUAAACCGUCAUGGACGCACCAACCAGCUGCUCCUACACAGUCUUCGACUCUGGGCGGGUCACUGAACGCGCCUACAUCUAUGGUGGGAGAUAUUACUGGAAGGAGCUGGGCCGCAUCGGCGCCGCAGCGUAAUUCAAACACUGCAGGUGGUAAUAUUGGAAUUGGUGGUAAGAAUCCUAAUUUGUUUAGUGAUUUGCUUGGGUCAAAUUUGGGGGUAGGUAAGGGGAGUGUUGGGAGUGUUCCGUUGAAGAAUGUUGCGCCUGUUUCGUCGGGAACAGCGAGUAAAAGUGCGUAUUCGAUGGGCGGUAUGGCUGAUUCGUUGCCUAAGUUUGGGAAUACCGGGAAUAGUGGUGGUGUUGGUGGUAGUGUUGGUGGUGGUGGUGGUUGGGGUUCUUCGCAAGGUUUUGGGAAUUAUAAUACGAGUGGUUACGGUAGUAAGAGUCAAAAUCUUGGAGGUCCGUCGAUGAAAAGUUCAAGUGUAAGUGGAGGUGGAGUUGGAGUUGGAGGGGGGAUGAAUUCGAACAAGGAUCCGUUUGGAUCGUUGGUUGAUUUCAGCUCUAAGCCGGCUGCUGGAAUGAAAGCUGGAAGUAAAUCGACUGCGCCGAAAGCGUCAGGGGAUGAUGUGUUUGGUACCUUUCAAAAUGCAUCGAAACCUAGUGCCAGUUCUUUCUCAAGUAACAACACUAGUUUUACAGGCUCGGGGAUUGGUUCUCAAGCGAAAUUGGAUGAUUUUGGGUUUGGUCAACCACCUGUGCAAUCAUCGGGCAUGGGUUCGCAAUCGAAAAUGGAUGAUUUUGAUUUUGGUCAACCGUCUGUUCAAUCAUCGGGAAUUGGUUCUCAAUCGAAGAUGGAUGAUUUUGGUUUUGGCGGUAUUCCAAGUCAGCCACCGGUUCAAUCAUCAGGAGGGAAUGAUUUCGAUAUGCUAUUCUCUUCAUCUUCGGCGUCAGGUGGUAACGCUUCAAAGGCUUCAGAAGCUUUUGCUAACCAGCAGUUUGCAGGGGCUGAAGACUGGGGUUUCGAAUCUGAUAUUGGCGGUGGAGGUGGUGACGUUGGCGGAACUACUGAGCUUGAAGGGCUUCCUCCACCACCUGCCGGUGUGACAUCAUCAUCGGCGAAGAGCAAGGGUAUGGAUAAUUACAAAGCAGGGCAAUAUCCUGAUGCGAUAAAGUGGCUGUCGUGGGCUGUAAUUCUUUUGGAAAAAGCUGGUGAUAACGCUGGCACUACGGAAGUUUUGUCAUCUAGGGCUUCAUGUUACAAAGAAGUUGGGGAAUACAAGAAGGCAGUUGCUGACUGUUCAAAGGUGCUGGAGCAAGACGGUAAAAACGUUUCAGUUCUUGUACAACGUGCACUGUUGUAUGAGAGCAUGGAGAAAUAUAAGCUUGGAGCUGAAGAUCUCAGAACCGUUAUGAACAUUGAUCCUGGAAACAGGGUUGCAAGAAGUACCAUACAUCGCCUCAACAAAUUGGCCGGCUAAACGAGUUUUAAAAUGAGUAUUGUCACGUACCUUUUCUUUUAUUCGUGUUCAGGAGCUUCAGUAUUAUAUUUCCUUUAAUAUCAAAUUUGUGAGCAAUAAUCACUGAUUGUUAUUUGAUGCCUGCGGGUUCUAGUGUUCUACAAAAUUAAAGUUGUAUUCAUGGUCUUUUGUUGCAUAAUAGUUUUUUUUUUGUGGCUUGUAUCGACUGUAUAACGACUUGUUCUUGCAACUUUUUUGUUUUCAUAAUAUACAUAUAAGUUAAAUUUGUUAUAAA